AUGGACAUGCAGAACUUAUACAAGGCACAUCGACAUUCACGUUCUGGUCAGACAAAGACGCUUAUAGAACGAUCACUUCAAUUGCUCGCACAGUUGCAAAGCGAGACACAACAAAUCGCGGAUCAUUCAAUCCCAUCUGAACCUGUGGAGACCACAAAUGAAGUGUGUCCAGAAUUCUGGGACUCUACACGUCCAGAUAAAAUAUGGCUUCAAAACAUCUAUCGCACUCAGCCGUGCAAUCGAAUACCACUGGAACAGUUGGUGGAAAUAGUUUUGUAUAUGGAAACAUGCACGGGUGCGCACAAUCUAGUUCACAGAAUUCACGCAGUCUAUCCCAAAAUCGUGAUCCAUCUGGCUGUCGGUCUGACACUAGAUUCAAACGACACGAUGUGCAAAUCGCUCCCACUGAACCAGACGUUAUUUGGUGCGAAGGAGAAUGCACAGUUAUGGGUUCAAUUGGCUGAACGUGUACAGACCAAAUAUGUACUGAUCGGUCGAAAUAUGGUCGAAUUUACACCGUACACCGAUUUGGAUCGGCUUUUGCGCGUGAUGCAUCAACUCCAGGCAGACGUAGUAGGUGGUGCUGUGAGAUUGGAACCGGACGGACAUUGGUACGCUGGUUGCUAUCAGGUAAGAAGACGUGUGCUGUGUUAA